CCCAGACAGUUGACAAUUCCAAUCGUUGAAGAAGAGAGAUGGUCAAAGGGGUAUGCUGUGGCUAGUGCUACAUUGGCACCGAUUCUUCUGGCUUUUUUGUGGAAUAUUAAAGAUGAUGCAGGUCCUUUGAGUAAGGAAAUUGUAUACUUUAUUGGUGUUACGUUUGGUGGUAUACUUGGUGUUCCUGCAUACCUGUACACCACAUCUGAUCAGCCACCUCCCCGGUUUUUGCUUCCAUGGGUUGUUGGAGGAUUUUUUAUGAGUAUUGUUUGGUUUUAUAUUAUCGCAAAUGAGCUUGUUGCUUUGUUGAUGGCAUUAGGUGUGAUCUUUGGGAUUAACCCGUCAAUCCUUGGUCUGACUGUAUUGGCAUGGGGCAACUCGAUGGGUGAUUUGAUGUCGAAUGUUGCACUGGCAAUGAAUGGUGGGGAUAGUGUACAGAUUGCGAUGUCAGGAUGCUAUGCAGGACCUAUGUUCAAUACCCUUGCUGGUUUGGGGAUCUCAUUGGUGCUUGGUGCUUGGUACAAGAAACCUGCUCCAUACAUUGUUCCAAGAGAUAGUAGCUUGUUUUGUACAAUGGGAUUUCUAGCUAUAGGGCUUCUUUGGUCCUUCGUUGUGUUGCCCCGGAAUGAUAUGUACCCAAACAGGACACUGGGGGUUGGCCUUAUAGUGAUCUACUUGACAUUUCUCGUUGUUCGGGUGAGCACAUCCAUGGGUGUUCUAUCAGUAGGUUUAGGUUGAGCCUGACAACAGAGUUCAGUCUCCUGGUGGUUAGGGCAUGCCAUUCUAAGAAUGAGCAAAGAGAUAGGAGGAUAAGUUUUACUCAGAUUCUUGUAUAACAUUGGGUUGGAAUAGUCAUGUGAAUUGUACUUGUCAAUCUUCUACAUUAACAGCAAGUCUAUAACAAUAGUUACAAAGCAGAAUAUGUGCCCUCGGACUUGAUUUAAUUAUUUGUGUUACUGAUUGCGCCUGCUCUUGAGUUGGCUUUUUCACCUA